AUGAUUGGAGAGGAACUUCACAAGGCUGUAAAUGUGAAUAAUGAAAAUGAAGUUCUUCAUAUUUUGCAAACAGGAAAACCUAAUGUUGAUAGUCUCGACAAGCUGGGGUUUAGUCCACUCAUGCUGGCAGCACAGAAAGGCUACACCAGGCUGGUGCACAUUUUGGUGGACCAUGGAGCAGAUAUUAACUUGAAGAAUCUCAGUGGAAAAACCAGUUUGAUGCUUGCAUGUUUUUGUGGCCACCUCAAUAUUAUUAUAUAUCUCCGGAAUUCUGGAGCGGACUUGGAAAUUUGUGACAAUACUGGAUCAACAGCCAUGCACUAUGCCGCUGAUGGAGGUCACUUAAAUGUUAUCCAAUUCCUAAUAAAUGAAGGCUGUGAGAUCGAUGUUAAGGAUAAUAUUUCUCAAUGGACCCCACUGAUGAGAGUUUCUGCCAUGUCCGGAAAUGCAGAUGUUGCAUCCCUCCUAAUUGAAACAGGAGCUGACGUCAAUGUGUUGGAUAAGGAUGGGAAAUCUCCGUUAAUGAUGGCUGCACUCAAUGGCCAUGAGGUGUUAGCAGAAUUGUUUUUGAAGAAGGGUGCCAAUCCUCAUAUUCAAAAUGAGUAUGGUGCAAGCAUCCUGGAUAUGGCUAAAGCUUUAGAAAGGAUGGUAUGA